AUGAAGGAGGUUCCCAAGCUGCCUAUCAUAGACUUGUCCUCACCGGACCUCCUCUCCACCGCCAAUUCCCUCCGUCAGGCAUGCAUAGAGUAUGGGUUCUUCUACGUGGUGAAUCAUGGUGUGGAAGAGGAGCUAACUGGGAAAGUUUUUGAGGAGAGCAACAAGUUUUUCUCACUUCCUUUGGAGGACAAGAUGAAAUUGUUUCGCAAGGAGGAUAGAGGCUAUACUCCCCUCUUUUGGCGAGAUACUCCAUCCCUACUCUGCUCCCAAAGUGACUCCAAAGAGAUUUUUUACGUUGGUCCUUUGGAAGACAUUUCAAUGGUCAGAGAACCACAACAUAAAUGGCCAUCACAAGAAAUUCUACCAAGCUGGAGAGCUACAAUGGAAUCCUUUUAUAAAAAAGUUUUUUCUGUUGGAAAAAGAUUGCUCUCUCUGAUUGCCCUGGCUUUGGACCUGAAUGAAGACUAUUUUGAAAAAGCCCGAAAGUUGGAUCGACCAACAGCGUUCCUUCGCCUAUUGCGUUAUCCAGGUCGUUUUGGAGAUUCUGGUGAAGAAAUUUAUGGUGCCUCUGCUCAUUCAGAUUAUGGAAUGAUCACUCUUCUUGUUUCUAAUGGUGUUCGAGGACUUCAGGUCUGUAGAGACAAAUCCAAAGAGGCCCGGGUCUGGGAAGAUGUUGUUCACAUAAAUGGGGCAUUCAUUGUCAAUAUUGGUGACAUGAUGGAGAGGUGGACUAACUGUUUGUUCCGGUCUACACUGCACAGAGUGAUGCUAUCUGGACAAGAACGCUACUCUGUGGCUUUCUUCUUAGAUCCCAACGAAGAUUAUGUGGUGCAAUGUAUAGAGAGUUGUUGCAGCGAGUCAUCUCCCCCAAGAUUUCCCCCAAUUCGGAGUGGCGACUACCUAAAAGAGCACUUCAAGCUUACAUUUGGAUCCUAG